AUUGUUUCAUGAUUGCUAAAUUCCUCAAUGGUUUUCUCUUUACGUGCCAUUCGUGCUGCUUGUGUCCUCUACCUCAUGCAAGAGGUGUAUUUGAAUUUUAUGUAUAUUUAUGCAAUGCAAAAUUUGCUUCAUAACCUCAUAUAAGCGGUUUGUUGUGCCUGUGCAAAUUAAUAAUGCCUCUAGCAGAUUACGUUCCUGAUACUAAUCAGUGCAAUUUAUCUACUUAUUACCGAAAUGUAUUAGGUGUACCUGUCCGUAAAAGAGUAAUUAUAGCUGUUCUUACUGUUUUCAUAUUAAUUUUAAUUUUCGUGUGUGCGUUAAUGUUUAGCAAAUAUGGGAAACAUUCUAGCAAGAAUCUAAAAACAUCAUUUGCACCUUAUAUACCUCUAGUGGAUUCAUUGAAUACUUCCGUUGAUCCUUGUACGAAUUUUUAUAAUUUCACUUGCGGACGAUGGUCGAAUAAUGAAUUGGUGCCCAAAGAUAACGAUGGACGAAUUUCAACAUUUACUAUUUUACAGAAUUAUGUUAAUGCUAAAAAGAAAUCUAUUCUUGAAAAUGCUAAAGUAAACAAAAAACAUCCUCGAGUUGUCAACGAUGCAAUCACCUUUUAUAAAAUGUGCUUAUCAAUAAAUGAUACUGAUCCAGUUAAUGAUAUAGAAUUUUUGUUGAAUUACUUUGACCAGUUGAUGAAUGGUUGGCCAGUUUGGAAUCUAAAAAUGUGGGAUGACAGAGACUUUGACUGGUUUAAAGUCAGUGCAUUUUUAGCUAAAACUCUCCAUAUUGAUACUGUUGUCACUGUGGGAAUUAGCAUAGAUGAUAAUGAUUCAAGUCGUAAAAUGAUCUACAUAAAAUCUCCAACAUAUGCAGAAUAUUAUACUUUAGAUUCAGUAUUUUCUUUCAAUAUGAUGUUUGCUAUGUUAUCAGUAAAGCACUCGAGUAUUGAUGUGACUAAUGCUGCUGAUACAAUUGUUGGGAUGCAGGAAACUGAGAAGAAAUGGGUGGGACAUUUUUUACCAACUCCAUCACCAAAUGAAACAAAUAGAACUACAAUGUCUAUUAAAGAACUGAAAGAACAUAUUCCAGAUUUUGAUUGGCUGAGUUUUAUUCAGCUAAUAAUGAAUGAUACAUUAAAUGAAAUUGGCGAACAUGUAAGUGAUGGAGAUCAAGUUGUUGUAGAAAAUUUAGAAGUGUUGAAAAAGUCAAUCUCUGGAAUUCACAAUGAUACUUUUUCGAACUUACAAUUGGCUAACUUGUUUGGAUGGUUUGUUAUGCAAAAAAUAUGGUACUUUAUACCAGGAUUGUUAUGGCAAUAUAUUAUUAUAUCUCAAUAUUCUGCAGAAGAUUUCAAGGAGGUUGAAAAGAGCAAAUGUUUUGAUGUUGUUUACAAAUGGUAUGAAUGCAGCAUUGAUUAUUUAUAUGUGAAAAACUCUUCCCACGCAGGAGUAUCUGAUGGAGAAGUUAUUGUGCAUUAUAUAAAAAAGGCUUUCAAAGAUUUACUGGAGAAUUCUGAUUGGAUGGACGAAUCAACUAAAACUGCUGCCCUUGAUAAAUUGUCUUCAAUGCAAUCUAUUAUUGGUUUUCCUUCUUAUCUUCAAAAUAAAGCAGAAUAUAGUGAAAUGUAUAAAGGUUUUCCAAAACUGACUUCAAGUCUUCUAGAAUCAUAUUUUAAAAUAUCAAGCUAUUAUACUUCAGAAUUAGUUAAAGAUUUAAAAGUACAACGGAGAAAAAAAUUUUAUAUAUCUGCACGAUCCAUCACUCAUGUCAGUGCCUAUUAUGAUAUGCAGAGAAAUGUUUUUACUCUUCCUUUGUCAAUAUACAAUCCUCCAUUCUAUCAUUAUGAUGGACCUUGGUGUCUUAAUUUUGGAGCAAUUGGAGCUAUUAUAGGACACGAAAUCAUGCAUGGAUUUGACAAUUUAGGUUGUCAACGUGGACCAAAAGGAAAUUUGCGAAGUUGGUGGUCAAAUUCUACAUCUGUGGAGUAUAAACAACGUUCCAAUUGUUUUGCUGUGCAAUAUGCUGCACAUCGGCACUCGCUUAACAAUUAUUUUAAGCAAGUUGCUAAUACUAUAGAUGAAGACAUAGCAGAUAAUGAAGGAUUAAAGAUUGCUUAUUUGGCUUAUAAGCAGUGGGAGAAAGAUAAUGGUCCAGAAAAAUCAACCUUUAAAAAUUACACUUCUGAACAAAUGUUUUUUCUGUCUUUUGGAUCUGUCUGGUGUACUAAAGAGAAUCCAGAACAUGAACAGCAUCAAUUUGACACAAGACACAGUGCUCCUUUUUUGAGAGUCAACCUAGUAGUUUCAAAUUCUAAAUCAUUCCCCUUUGUAUUUAAUUGUUCCAGUCAUACUCUAAUGAAUCCAGAAAGAAAAUGUUCUAUUUGGUAGUUGGAUCUAGUCAGGCUGCUUAUAUUUAAAAUACUUAUUUAGAAAUUCUUUAUUGUAAUUUUUUUUAUUUCUUUUAUAAUGCAUUUUAAUAUCUUUAGAAUUCAGUAUUUUCUUUUCUCAAUUAUUCUAUAGUAUAGAUACAGUAUAAUCCUUUUUAUUUUUACUGUUUGUUUAUUUUUUCCUUGCCUGUAUGUGUAAUUUGUUUAAAUGCUUUGUUUGAUUACUUUUAUAUUUUUUUGUAUUCAUGUGGUAAUAUUU